CCGGGGCCCCGCCACCGGCGUUGCCCGGGUAAUUUUCUAGCAGCUGCGGUGUGGGGAAGCGUGAAGGCGGCCCCGGAGAAGUAUAUAUUCCCAAGGAUUCAAAGACAAACAAAAAUUCAAAUGCACAGUGUAGAUCUACAGAGCAUUCUACAGAGAGGUGCUUCUGAAAGAAGACAGAGAAGAUGUACUAGCAAAUUGUAGAAGCGAGCUAUCAUUUUCUUCUCUAUCCUUGAAGAGACUUGGAAAUUAAUGAGUAACAUUCACAUGACAAUUUUCAGAUGUUUUGUUCUUUGAAGCCUUUGGUGGAGAAUUAAUAAAAGCGCACAUGGAUAAAAUGAUCAUCUUAAAGGAUUUCAGCUCCAGAAAUAUAUCGGCAGGACUGGACAGGUUUGACAUAAUGAGAUUUCUAUUUUAGCUUGACUUUUGGAACUCUGAGUAAACUAUAAACUGGGCUACCCAAGAUCCUAGGACAUAAGUUUCUCUUUUCAACCAUUCUAGUUGGAUCUAACAUUUUCCUUCUUUGGGUCCUUUGAAAAAGGAUAUUUAGUCACACAUUUCCUGAGAAAUAAGACUUAACUAGACAUCUGCCGGUGUCUAAUAUAUGAAAUAGAUAGAAAGCAGCACUCUGUGUCUUGCUGUAAAACAAAUCAAAGGAACUGAUACUGUGAAGUAAGAGGAGAAAUCUGUAUCCCCUCUGGCUGAGAUGGCAGAAGCGCCUGUGGAUGCCUCAACUCUCCCUGUAACGGUGAAGAAAAAGAAAAGUCUGUCCAUUGAGGAAAAGAUUGACAUCAUAAACGCAGUGGAAAGUGGCAAGAAAAAAGCCGAGAUUGCAGCUGAAUAUGGAAUAAAGAAAAAUUCACUGUCUUCUAUUAUGAAAAACAAAGAUAAAGUUCUAGAAGCCUUUGAAUCGCUGAGAUUUGAUCCAAAGAGGAAAAGACUGAGAACUGCUUUUUAUACGGACCUAGAAGAGGCAUUAAUGAGAUGGUAUCGAAUUGCUCAGUGUCUAAAUGUACCAGUUAAUGGUCCAAUGUUGCGUCUGAAAGCUAAUGAUUUUGCCCAGAAACUGGGACAUAAUGAUUUUAAAUGCAGUAAUGGUUGGCUGGACCGUUUUAAAUCCAGGUAUGGUUUAGUAUUCAGAGCACAACCUGUAGAAGCCACAGGCAUAGCAGUAGACCCAUCAUCUGUCUGGUACCAAAAUAUUCUACCUUACUAUUUAAAUGAUUAUCAUCCUAAAAAUGUUUUUAAUAUCAAAGAGACUGGGCUCCUUUAUCGUAUGUUACCUACAAAUACAUUUGCAUUUAAAGGAGAAACUUGCUCAGUUGGAAAACUGUACAAAGACAGAAUAACUCUGGUGGUUGGUACAAACAUGGAUGGCUCAGAGAAACUUCCUUUGCUUAUCAUUGGGAAAAACAGAAGUCCACAUUGCUUCAAAGGUCUAAAGUCAUUGCCUGUGUAUUAUGAAGCUAACAGAAUGGCAUGGAUGACCCCAGACAUCUUUGAACAGUGGAUGCAGAAGCUUGAUGAGAAGUUUCAAGCUCAGCAACGAAGAGUGGUGAUUUUUGUUGACUCUUUUCCUGCACAUCCAGAGGUAAAGAACCUAAAGUCCAUUGAGCUAGCAUUCUUUCCAUCCUGUUUAUCUUCCAAGUUUGUAGCUAUGAAACAAGGUGUUAUUAAAAGUCUUAAAAUCAAAUAUCGACACUGUCUCAUCAAGAAAUUUUUAAGCUCUGUUGAAGGUAGCAAAGAAUUUACAUUUUCACUACUUGAUGCAGUUGACACACUGCAUCUCUGUUGGAGGGCUGUAACCCCAGAGACAAUUGUUAAAAGCUAUGAAGAAGCAGGAUUCAAGUCUUCGAAGGGAGAAAACGACUCAACAAGUGCAGAGAGCGAUACUGGUAUUGACUUGGUGGCCCAUGCUCUAGGGGCAGGGGUGGAAUUUCCCGAGGGUUUGUCUAUAGAGGAGUAUGCUGCCCUGGAUGACGAUCUGGAGACUUGUGAAGCAGCACCGAGUGAGGACUUGGAAUGGACCAAAGACAGUAAAUCUGAUGAGACUGGAUUUUAUACUUCUGAUGAAGAGGAAGAUGGGGGGUCUCUAGAAACGGAAUCCCCUAUACCAUCAAAAACUGAAGCAGUUACUGCUUUAGACACUCUUAAAAAAUUUCUUAGGAGUCAAGAUAUGAAUGAUGGGCUUCAUGACUCUUUAGCAGACCUUGAAAAUUUUAUUAACUCUUUAUCAUUGAAAUAAUUAUGUAUCAUACAUCUGAAGAAUAACUUCUUGAUGUAUUUUAUUAUAUAUGGUAUGCAAAGAGAAUUACCACUUAAAUAGAAAAUUUUUUUUAAAAAAACCUACUAGGCUUUGGCUUGAUCACCAAAGCCUUUGAUCUGACUAGCUAAGUAAAUAAAUGAUAAAUAAUGAUAAAGUCAGUAAAAAUGUAAAAUUCUACUGAGCAAGAUUUCAGGGAGUAGAAAAUAUAUUUCAGAAGUUUUGUACUUAAAAACGGUAUGUAUAUUUAACAACUCUUCAGCUGUCUGAGUUAUACACAUGGAAUUGGUGAUAUUUUCUUAGUGUUUUUUUUUUGUUUAGAUCAUGUUCUAGAAUAUUUUAUCUACCUAGGCUAAGAAACAAAAUCAAUAGUUUAAAUACUUAUUUUUAUAAGGUUAUACAUAUACCAUAUUAUUCUAACUAAACUUUUAAGUACCAAAGUGAUUUUAAGUUAUUUUUCUUAUAGUUAAUCUUCCUUAUAAAAAUGACAUAAAACAUUAAAAAUGAAUUUGACCUACCUAUGCACCAAUAUGAUUGAAAGUAUAUGUGUUAUGAAUUUCAAGUUUCAUGCAUAUAAGAUCAAAUGUAAAACUAUGACCUUAUCAAGUUUUGUGUCAUUGAUUACCAGAAGAAAUGGGUCCUUCUAAAUAAAUAUAUGUAUUUGCAUGUG